UUGUAUACUGACCGAAUCAACAUGUGUUAAAUUCAUCAAAUUACUAAACUUUUCUGCGUAAUAUUCCACGAUAACGCUGAGAGUGUGUGAACUGUGGGAUAAAAAUUGCAUUUUGCGAUGAGUUUGAGCCUAUUAAAGUUGAUUUUAAUGUACUCUUAUUUUAGUGAUUUUUCUGUGUUAUGAUUUUGCCUUGUACAUAAUAGUCUUUUCAUUAUGGCUGCUAGCCUUCAACAGUUCAUUCCACUGCUUGCUACGCAAGAUAUUAAGAAGCGUAUCCAGCUUGGAAGUGAUAUUUUAAGUUGCUUGCAACAAAAUCCCUCCUGCUUAUCUGAAUGUGAUGAAAUAGGAUUUUUUAUCGACAGUAUAUCGUCUUGGUUAAACAAUAGUAAUUUUAAGGUUGCUCAAAAUGGGAUAGAAAUUAUGACUAUUUUAGCUGAAGAAAUGAAAGAAGAUUUCAAACCUUAUAUAUCUACUAUUUUUUCUGCUACUGUAGAUCGCCUUGGUGACAGCAAAGACCAAGUUCGACUUCAAGCUAAAGGCUUAAUGCUGAAGCUCAUGAAUCCUGUUUCUUCUCCACAGCAUGUAUUUGAAAAAUUGAGCAUAGCAUUCAACCAUAAAAAUUUCCGUGUAAGAGAGGAAGUAAUGGUUCUUUUGCAACAGACAUUAGAUAAAUUUGGUUCCACAUCACUAACUAUAUCACGAUUGAUGCCAGCCCUAGUCAAAUUACUUGGUGAUCCUAAUUCACAAGUACGUGAUACUGCAAUGGCAACUCUUGUUCAUGUUUAUAAACAUGUUGGUGAAAGGCUGAGGCAAGAUCUCUCAAAAAGAGCCGGCAUUCCAGCUCCAAAAUUGCAACUCCUUUUCACGAAGUUUGAUGAAGUGAGGACAGCUGGUGCUUUGCUACCAUCUGCACUAGAAAGAGCUGGUCAAGUACAAGACGACAAAUCUGACCAAACAUGGCGAUUGGUGAGUAUUUCCCUUUGCGAACUUUGCUGUCCUCCAGCCUAG